AUUUUUUACUUUAAUAUGCCAAUACAUACUGAGCUGUUGCUCUCUUUUAUAGGGAAAUCCUCAUUGACGAUUCAGUUUGUUGAAGGCCAAUUUGUUGACUCCUACGAUCCAACCAUAGAAAACACUUUCACAAAAUUAAUCACAGUAAACGGACAAGAAUAUCAUCUUCAACUUGUAGACACAGCUGGGCAAGAUGAAUAUUCCAUCUUUCCUCAGACAUACUCCAUAGAUAUUAAUGGUUAUAUUCUUGUGUAUUCUGUUACAUCAAUCAAAAGUUUUGAAGUGAUUAAAGUUAUCCAUGGCAAAUUGUUGGAUAUGGUGGGGAAAGUGCAAAUACCUAUUAUGUUGGUUGGGAAUAAGAAAGACCUACAUAUGGAAAGGGUGAUCAGUUAUGAAGAAGGGAAAGCGUUAGCAGAAUCUUGGAAUGCAGCUUUUUUGGAAUCUUCUGCUAAAGAAAAUCAGACUGCUGUUGAUGUUUUUAGAAGGAUAAUUUUGGAGGCAGAAAAAAUUGAUGGGGCUGCUUCACAAGGAAAGUCUUCCUGCUCAGUGAUGUAAUUCUGCUGCAGAAUCUGAGGACACUGGGAAUCUAUCCUACUGAAGAAGCAAAUUGCCCGUUAUCCUUUAAGAUAAACUCUGCUUCGUUUUUCUUCUGUUAACCUGAAAGAUUUCAUUUGGGUCAGAGCAUUUUCCCACCGUCCCCCGCAACCCCUUCAGAUUAUGUUAAACUCUGACUCUGUCCAAAUGAGCUCACUUCCAUUUUCAAAUUUUAAGCAAUCAUAUUUUCAAUUUAUAUAUUGUAUUUCUUAAUAAUAUUAUGACCAAGAAUUUUAUUGGCAUUAAUUUUUCAGUGUAGUUUGUUGUUUAAAAUAAUGUAAUCAUCAAAAUGAUACAUAUUGUUACACUACUAUUAACUAGGCUUGGAUAUAUCAGUGUUUAUUUCAUUGUGUUAAAUGUAUACUUGUAAAUAAAAUAGCUGCAAACCUUAA